GGUGGUGUGGCCUCCAGCUCAACUGAAAACACAACUAUCCUCACUGUCACAGUGUCUCUGUCGCGGUGUGUUUGUUGUAGUGUCAAGGGGGUCUUUGAUUUGAACAAGUAUGGCAAACGCAGGAGUUCAACUUCUGGGAUUUUGUUUGGCGAUGUUGGGGUUUUUCGGCAUUAUUGCCUCGACUGCUAUGGUAGAAUGGAAAGCAUCUUCCUAUGCAGGGGACAAUAUCAUAACAGCUCAGGCAAUGUAUGAAGGACUUUGGAAAUCAUGCGUGUCCCAGAGCACGGGUCAAAUUCAGUGCAAAGUGUAUGAUUCAUUACUUCAACUAUCAGGAGAGCUGCAAGCCACCCGUGGCCUGAUGCUGUUCUCCAUCGUCAUGACAGCCAUCUCUAUACUGGUGGCAGUUGUGGGCAUGAAGUGCACCACAUGCUUGGCGGAGGACAAGCAGCAGAAAAACAAAGUUGCCCUGAUAGGAGGAAUUCUGUUUAUUAUUGCGGGACUCUGUGCUCUUGUUGCAACCAGCAUGUAUGGACACAAGAUAGCCAAGGACUUCUACAAUCCAUUCACUCCAACGAAUUCCAGGUAUGAGUUUGGCGCGGCUCUCUUUGUGGGCUGGGCAGCAGCAGUCCUCACAAUCAUUGGCGGAGGCUUCCUGUGCUGCAACUGCAGCAGUGGCGGGGCGUCGGGUAAAGCCCCCCGCUACCCCCCGUCUCAAGGGGGGCAAUCCGGCUACGUGUAGGGAGCCUCAGUGUGAAGGAGAUGACAAGAGGUUCCCGUAGCCCCUUAAAGCACGCCGUCGCCGUACCUCCUGUGGCACGUGGU